AUGGCACCGCUCAAGGGACCGGGUGAGGCCCGCAAGUACGACGGCUCCGGCCUCCGUAUCGGCAUCAUCCACGCUCGCUGGAACGACAAGAUCAUCAGCUCGCUGCUGGACGGCGCGAAGAAGUCGCUCGCUGCUGCGGGCGUCAAGGACGAGAACAUCGUCAUCCAGACCGUGCCGGGCAGCUACGAGCUGCCCUACGCUGUACAGCGGAUGUACGCCUCCUCGCAGAUCCAGGCCUCCUCCGCCGGCGGCGCGGGCGGCCUUGUCCAAUCUGCCACCGACCUGCUCUCGUCGUCGUCGGCGACCGACCUGACGAGCCUGAGCGCGACCGCAGCGGGCAAGAAGCCCAGCGGCGCGUCCACGGCCCCCUUCGACGCCAUAAUCGCCAUCGGCGUCCUCAUCAAGGGCGAGACGAUGCACUUUGAGUACAUCGCGGACGCCGUCAGCCAUGGCCUGAUGCGCGUGCAGCUGGAUGCCAACGUGCCGGUCAUCUUCGGCCUGCUGACCGUGCUCACCGAGGAGCAGGGCCUGCACCGCGCGGGCAUUGCGGGCGAGAAGGGGGAUCAAGGACACAACCACGGAUUGGACUGGGGUAGUGCGGCGGUGGAGCUGGGCACCAAGAGGAGAGGAUGGUCGGAGGGCAAGUUUGAUGAUUAG